AUGAUUUUCCAAAUGUACGAAUCGCAGUACGACGACCUUCGUGGAACCAUUUAUGGACCAAGCUCACCGGAUUUCAAGCCGGUCCAGGCUUCCGAAACUCUCCGUUCUUCGCUCCACGGGCUCGACACCAAUGAUCAGACCAUCAUCAACACGGUUUUGUAUCACAACAACUUCCAACGUCAGAAGAUUUUGGGAGCUUAUGAGGAUAUGUACAGCAGGAAACUUCUCGAAGACCUCGAAGAAGAAUGUGGAGGAUUCUUCUUUGAAAUGUGCCAGGCGCUCUUCAAAGCCGCACCCAACUACGACGCCCAAUGCGUCUACAAAUCGCUCUCCAACCGCCACGGUGAUCGCUCGGUCGCCAUUGAAAUCGCCUGCACUCGCUCACCACGUCAGCUACGGGCUCUCCGCGAUACUUAUCAAACGGAUUAUCGCAAAUCCCUGGACAAAGAUAUCACUGUGAAGGUGGAAGGUGUAACUGGAAAAAUGUUGAACAUGCUGCUCUGCGUUAACCGGGAGGAGGGACUCGGCGUUCGUCUCAACGACGAGUUAGUCGACAAACAUGUCAAAAUGUUGUCAGCAACUACAGUCGAUGAUAUUGCCAGGAACGUGAACCUAUUCGAGGAAUUGUUCAUUGGACACUCAUGGAAGCAUAUCGGAACCGUUUUGGAUAAAGUCGACGAGGCUAGACCCGAUAAAUCGGAUUUUGAGACACAGAUUCGUCGCAACAAGAGCAUUCACUCCGAAGCUCGUUUGAUUCUUCUUACCAUUGCCCGGGUCUCCCGCAGUAUCCAAAUCUAUUUCGCCGAGAAACUCCGCACAGCUAUGACCGCCGAACGUGUCGAUCAAUCGACCAUCAUCAGAAUUUGUGUUAGCCGCAGUGAGAUUGACUUGCAAGACAUCUCCCUCGAGUACAAACGCAAGUUCAACCGCGCCUUGGAGACCGACAUCAGCAUGUACACAUCUGGAGAGUACACCAGAAUGAUCAUCACAUUGCUCAGCGGAUUCAACAACAUGGAGAACAGUUUUGCGCCGACUCCGGAGUCAAUUGAAUAA